GAAGGCAUAAUUCAAAGGUUUAUGUUUUCGCUUUGGUUGAAUUUUGAGCUGUGGAGAGAAUUCAUUGGUAUGUUCUACUGGAUGAACUUGCCUAUAAAGAGCAAAUGUGCACUGUAGUUUAUUACAAAGUGCGGAGCUACCUAGAACUGAGGACACCUGUGCAAUGUGCUGCACAAACUUAUCCAAUUUUGUGGCUGACCUUCAUUCACUAAACGGAAACUGUAGUAAGGACACUAGCAAACUUGGCGGACUGAACCAUCCCGUGACCUCAAUUAUUUAUGUAACAACUGCAUUUCUUUGUAUCUUCUUGGGCUUGGUAACACACUUCAAAUACAACAGUGUUACAGUCUUGAAUCUGACUGUGCGGAGUCAUGUUAUUUCUAACACUGCUUGGAUUGUCUACUUGGCAGUUUUGUUCUUGAGGUCAGCAGUAGGAGCAGUUAUUUAUGGCAUCACACCAAUACGUAAAGAUCACCCAGUGAGACAAAUGGUCUAUUUCAUAGCAGAUGGAGCCUUAAAAUCUUUAGAGGUAAGUAAUAGAAAACCAAUCAGCUUUAUGUCAUUUACAGUGUACCCUGCAGUAUGAUUAGUACUGAUUAAAAAUUAAUAGCCCAAAGAAAAUACGAGCACUGAUUGGUUAACAAUUAGAUUAUGAGCUUGAACUUUCUAUGAGGUGAUUGUUGAUAAGGCCCAAGGCCGAAUAGAUCACGUGUAAUUUGUGCACCCCUUGACUGAUGUAUCGGUUGACAUAUCAACCAACAUUCAACUGAUAUGUCGGUUGACAUAUUGACCAUCACUCGGCCGAUAUAUCGACCAAGAUAUGUUGACUGAUAUAUCGAUUGAUAUAUCGACCGAGAUAUUGGCCGAGUGUCGGUCGACAUAUCAACCGACUAUCGGCAGAUAUUUCGGUCUAUAUAGCGCCCGACACUCGGCCGAUACGUUGACCAUUGAUUGCCGGCAGAAUAUUGGUUGACUGUCAGUGGUAUAUCGGUCGACUGUCAUAUAAUAUAAGUCAAACGCUUAGACUGCCAGAGUCAGAUUUAUAAGUUAUGUGCAUUUCAUCCUUUCUUGGUCA